UGCUUGACUAAAAUUAGCUUUCUGAUAGACCCGUGACAGAUUCCCAUUUUACAGAAAAAAAAAAUGGCGCACUGUAGGCGGAGUUCAGAAGAAACUCGAACAAAAUAAUUUUGUUUGUGAAAAAAUCCGUCCGACAAAACAAGAGGCGUGCAAAAUGCGGGGCCAUGUCGGCUGCAAGACACGUAACCAAUCGAAACCCUCCUUACGCUUCUGAAAAACGACGGAAAAACUUCUAGAAUCUUUGCGAGCUUUAGGAAGAAGAAUCUAAUUUCCGUUCUGUGCGUUAAGGACGUGUCUGGAUAUGCUCAUGCCGGAUGCUUUUUCUUUCCGGUUCGCGAUUUCUCUUUUCGUGUGUCUUUGUCUUUCUCGGAUGUGUAAAUCGAUCCAGAAUUUAGUCAUGCCGGUGGAGAAUUCUUGUUUCACAAGUACAAAUCUUUUCUUUACCGGAACUGGAAAUUUUUGAAGCGGGGUUCUGGUGAUUUUGGUAGGAAUUUUAGUGCUGAGGAAUUUGUUUUGGUAAGUCAAAGGUUAUUUGCGGGCGGAUCCUAGGUUUUUAAGGCCUGUAUUCAGCUUGACAGGGAAAUGAAGAGGAUGUGAAUAAUUUUUCUUACGUAGAAGCAUCAAAUGCUAUUUUGACAGUUGAAAAGUAUUGCCUGUGGCGUGCAAGGAGGUUUUGUAGGAGCUUGUGAUAGGACUGCUAAGCCUUUUUCCUUCUGUAAGAGUUGAAAAUUUUUAAAGAGGUGAGAAGAAUCGAUAGGCUUUGCAAGUUAUUGCAUCGGCCUGACGCUGUCUAAGUUCGUCAAAUUUAGAUUAUUUUCUGAGUUGAGGAGCAAAGAAUUUUCAGGUUUUAUUUAAUAGAGAUUUUCAGCUUGGCGCAAAGAAAUUUCAGGUUUUAUUUAUCAGAGAUUUGGAGCUUGGCGCAGAAACUUUUCAGGUUUAUUUAUCAGAGAUUUGGAGAUUGGCGCAGAAACUUUUCAGGUUUAUUUAUCAGAGAUUUGGAGCUUCUGUCGGCAAAGAUAAUGUAUAGAAAUAUCUAGGUCUUGGUGAUUAAAUCGAUGGCGCAGAAAAUUGAACAAAGCAAUGAGUGUUACGCGGUGGCGAUGGAGGCGCAGAGGACCUUACCGGCACCUUUUCUGUCCAAAACUUAUCAACUUGUCGAAGAUUCAAGCACAGACGACAUUAUUUCAUGGAACAGCGAGGGAAACACUUUUAUUGUUUGGAAACCUGCGGAAUUCGCGAGAGAUUUGCUACCAAAAUUUUUCAAGCACAAUAACUUCUCAAGCUUCGUGCGGCAGCUUAAUACAUACGGAUUUCGCAAGAUCGUGCCAGACAAGUGGGAGUUCGCUAAUGAAUGCUUUCGGAGGGGAGAAAGGAAUCUGCUCUGCGAAAUCCACAGAAGAAAAAGCACGCAACAGCAUUCCACGGCCCUUCAGCCAUCUGUGGCUGCCGUGGAAAACAAAGCAUCUGUUUCUCUACAGAAUUCUGGAGACGAACAAGCUUGUUCUUCCGCUUCAUCCCCUGUCUCGUCUCCCUCCUCUCACAACAACAAAUCAAGCUUGCAUGAUGAGAACGAGAAGCUGAAGAAGGACAACCUGAAUCUGUUCUCCGAGCUCUCGAAAAUGACACAGCAAUGCAACGAUCUUCUCAUGUGCCUCUCAAAGUUUGGAAAUCUAAGCCCCUGUAAUGUUAAAGAUAUUAUCUUUUGCAAACAUGAAAAUUUACGCACAGACGCAUCCACAUCCUCCAUUAAAUCGGCUGGCAACAGCAUCAAUUUAGUGGAGAGGGUUAAGGAAACGCCUGCACCAAAUCUUAUGCUGGAGCUCUGUUGCAGCAGUCAUGGCGUUGAACAGCCCAGCAGAAGUCCCAUGCUGUUCGGAGUAGCUUUGAAAAGGUCCAAUCCGGAUGCGGGCGCUUCUUCUUCGUCGUGUGGCCCGCCAUUGAAAGGCACUAAAAUACACGACAACAACUCUCCCCGGAUUGAAGCUUUUUUUUCUCCAAAGCAAGAGUCCACAACCGAAUAAGUUUUUUAGUUUGACACGCAAUGCAUUUAGCUGCAUUUUAGAAAUGCAAAGUGCGGCUUGAAAAAACUACAAAGUGCGGCUUGAAAAACUAUCAUAUUUGUAAAGGUAGAAGUAUCUUCGUAGUUGAACACCGUGAGAAGGAUGUUUCCAGAAUCUUCCUGUCCAAAUAAAAUUGUUUGGACUGUUUUAAAUGCAAUGUUUUAUAUGCACAAUAUAUUAACGUAGCGCUGGGGCCCCCUCUCACCGCUAAGACUUUUUAUU